GGUAUGCUACUCCAACUUCGUCUUUCUGCGCUCGAAAAAUUAAAUGGAAUUGUGUAAACAAAAUUGGUGAAAGCAAAUCUCAAAUGGAAGAUUUCGAGAGAGGAUCCGAUUUGGAAGAAAACCUCCAUAUGUCUUUACAUUAUGCUGUUGGUAAAAUAUGUAAUGAAAAUGCUGAAGGAUUGAAAGUGAAAUUUAGCAAAGAAUUUAUUGGAACCCUGGCAGAUCUCACCUUUCGUCAAACUGGUAUAUUUGCUGAGGAUCUUGAAAUGUUUGCUAAACAUGCAAAGAGAACGACCAUUAAUGCUGAUGAUGUCAAAUUAUUAGUAAGAAGAAGUAAAACUCUGCAAGAGCACGUCAAUAAAAUGGCAGAAGAACUAUCAGCAAAUUCUGUAAAAGCAAAAGGAAAGAAAAAGAAAAAUGAAAUUGGUGAACCAAGCCAUACUAUUGAUCUUGAUUAAAAGAAUUGAUUUUGGUCUUUAAUAUCAAAAUUGAAAUGAAUUUAAAUUCAACUAUAAUGUUUGUAGUUGGUGUUUAUCUUUAAAAUUUUAUGAAUGCUUUCUUUUCAAUGGGAGGAAGGUAAAAAUAUAUUUCCUUCAUUAAAUACACAGGAAAAGGCUAAUUAUAUAGAAUUUGUAAUUUAUUCUAUUUGCUUUUCCAGUUUUUAGGGCUCAAUAGUUGUUUUUUUUUCUACUUCUUUAUGUUCUUCUUUCUGUAAAAAAGUUAGCUGUUAAUAUU